AUGGAUUUUAAUAAACAAUUCCUACACAAGUUAAGAGACGUAUCAUUAGCUGAACCUUAUAUUAUAUUAAAUGACGAUGUAGCAACUGAAUUAAAUAAUUACAUUCGACUUCUCGAUGAAAUAACUUUUGAAGAUGGACUGUAUCAUAUUUACUACGGUGAAAUAAAAACAAUACUUAACAGUUUCAUCGAGCAUUGGACUCAAAAGAUGGAUGAAGCAAUAAAAGAAGCAGACAGAUGUAGCAACACAAUAAAUAAGGAAGAGUUAAUGCAAAUGAUGGAGAAAACCAUACUCAUUCAUGAGAUGAAACAAACCGAUUUUGUACAACAAUUUCUUCCACCUGAAAAUUCUCUUGAAAAUGAAAUAUUUGAUAAUUUAAAAGAAAAAUUCGAAUCUUUCAUGGAGCAACUAUUUAUAAUGAGAGACUAUCUUCGAAAACUUGAUAAACAGACUAAAGUAGAAGCAUUUGCCAAAGAACAUUUUCCAAUUUCAUUGCAAAGAAAAAAUGAUAUUUUUGUUUUCACUUACUACUUUAUAUCUGAACAAUUGACACACGUUAUUGAUCGAAUUCACAUCAGUCUUAAAGAGAUAUUAACUCGCGUCCGAAAUAACGUCCGCACUAUGGAAGAACGAUCAGAAGUGAAUAUAUCCAAGUUAUUGAUACGUCUUUAUGAAAAGAAUAAGGAACAUCUAAUGUUAUCUCGGCAAGAUAUCCGGUCGUCUGCGGACAUUGCUGAAGUUCAACGUAGCAUGGAAAUAAUAAAAGAUAAAAUUGAAGAUUCCAAACACGUGCCAUAUAAACGUCUUCAAGAGGAGUAUGAAUAUUGGGACACAAAAAUACAUGAAUUUGAGCAAAUUAAGAAAACAUUAAAGAAAAUACAAGCAGAAGAAGAGAAAGUUCUGGAACAGAAGAAAUUGUUUGACUCCUUAAACGAUACCGAAAUACCAGCGCCUAAACGAAAAUGUUGGGAAAACAUGGGUGAAAGAUUUAAACAAAACCUGGAAAGAAUAAGAGAGUUAAAAUCGAACGCAGCAAAGACUUUACUUACUUUUUUCAGUGUAAGAGGUCAAGAUCGCAUUAUGUAUUCGGACAAUAUUGGAAAAUAUUUCUUAGACGAAUACGGUCAUCAAAAAUAUGUCUUCGACUAUGGUCUUAAGGAACUUCACGUAAAUUGCGUCGGUGAUUUUGUUGAAAAACCAGAUAAAGAUAGAUAUUUCUACGAUAAUAUGGGUCGUUUUAUAAUUGACGAUAGUGGUCAAAAGCUGUAUCAACUAGCUCCAUGUACAAGUACUUACAAAAUAGAAAAAGAUAGAUUCGUAAAAGAAUCCAAGGAUUGUGGACAUUCGGAACAAGUUAUGGGUGAAUGUCGUAUGCAAAUACAAACCCCAACUGAUAAAGAUGUAUUACCAGAUGUAAAACCCGUUGAAAUCAAAGGUAAAUUAGAUUCAGAAGGGAUCAAGUAUCUAUGGGACACUUUUGGUCAUAUUUUGCCUGAAAUCUUGUACGACGUUGCUGAAACUCGUCCGAAGAAUCCAAUACACCACAUAGCUCGUAGGCUUUUCGCACUGAAGUUUAAGAAGAGUGAUAAUGACAAGUUGAAGAUGAAGCAGGAAGCUUUUGAGUAUCGUGAAAAAAUACAUAACGAUCGCAAAGAGAAAAUCAAACAAAAGUUAGACGCAUGGAAAGCGAAGCAAGUCAAGCACAGGAAACCUGAAGAGUCUGAUGAUGCAGAAGAAAGAUUUGUGUAUAACGCACUCGUACUCCAACAAGACUUCAUAAGAUCUUUGGAGAACUAUGACAUUUAACUGAAUAGAUAUGAAUAAAAAACUUAACCAAGAA